AGAGAAACUAGUUUCAGCUCAACAGGAGAAAGAGCGGGAUCAGAUUCUCCAUCACAGAUCAGACACAUGAAUCAGACCGAUGGACACGAGCUUCAUCUCAUCCGGUGUUGCUGUAAGCAAAUGAAGAGAGUUAAAGCACAUUUGGCAUAAUACAUGAAAGGUGUUCCUGUAACUCAGAUCAUUGCAUUAAAGCAGCACAGAGAUGUGUUUUUCUGCAGUUAUGGAGAAGGGGUUGAAAGCGUCUGUGAAGUUCCACGGCCUCAUUGACGAUCUCUGAAGGGGGUUUGUCUGACUCGCAGCUUUCAAAGCACCAACCAUCCGUCUGUCUGUCUGUCAUUCACACACUGUGACAUUUCCACCGACCGACUGUCACCACGGUUGAGCUGAGGAUAUUUCAUCACAUGAAUUAUUCAUAAAAACAUCAGCGUGUGUGAUGCAUCGAUCUGAUGGAUUCUAGAUGCACUGGAAGAGGUGAAUGAUGGAGAAAUCACAGCUGUGAAACAUCUGCUUGUGUAAUCCAUUAUCUGCUUCAACUCGAGAAUGAGAUUUGUGAGCAUGAACAAAGACAAUUGACAGGAUGAUUGACAGGCACAUCAUCCAAUAGGCACGAUGAUAGCAACAGGUGGCCUCCUGAGGAUUUCACGGCGCCAGGACUCUCUCCGCACCAAGAACCGAGCGGAAAACAAAAAGAAGAGGAAAGCGCAGAAGAAGCGUAAAACGGACAUGGUUGUUGUGAAGGGAAAAGUGAAACUGUGCUCUCUCUCCGGCCUGGUGGCUGCGCUGGGAAUUCUCAUCUUACUGGUGGGCGUCGCCAUGGCUGUACUGGGAUACUGGCCCAAAGAAAACCCCAAAUACCCGGAGAGUUUCUUCAGGAAGAUAGAGACCGUGCGCGUGUCAAACGUCACGAGCAACAGAAAGUUCUUUGCGUUGAGCGAAGUCAACGACACGGACAGCAGAAACUCUUCAUCCCCGAGCGCGCGGUCCCUGGGAUUCUUCGCAAGUCUCUUUGCCAGUUAUUUGUACUCGGAUAACCUGAAAGUGUUCGGACCUCUGGUGAUGGGCGUCGGAAUCUUCCUCUUCAUCUGCGCCAACGCCGUUCUGCACGAGGAUCGAGACAAGAAGACGAAAAUCAUCAAUCUGAGAGACAUUUACUCCACCGUCAUAGACAUCCACAGCCUGCGUGCCAAAGACCUGGCACCCUUCAACGGUCUAAUCAGUUACGUGCAGUCCAGGAGCGCCGAGGUCAAAUCAUCCGGCGCGGGCGUGACGCGAGGCUCCUGGCCCUCCACUGGACAUUCCAGACGCCCGUCACGCGCCAGAGAGUACAGCUUGAGCGCAAAGAGGCCGUCAUUUACAGAUACGAUAUACAGCAUCUACAGAGAGCAGAGCGGCGGCCGGGAGCCGUGCGGCGCACCGAGACGCUGGGAGACGCGCUCCAUAGUCACAUCCUCCGUCAACGCGUUCACUUUACCCGUCAUUAAACUCAACAACUGCGACAUGCAAGAGAGAGAUGAGAAGGAAGCGCACGAGGCACGUUGCAAGAGCUGCGGCCCGUUUAUCGGCGACGCCGUGGAAACUGCAGCGGAAGUGUCAAGGACAGGACUCUCCGCAUCCCAGGAAUCUCAGCUGGAUGACAGACCGAUUGUGAACUCCCAGCUGCUGCCUCCCACACCCGUGAUGCGGGUGACCGGGUCACAUCUGUCCCUCAAUGCCCUGUCGGAUGUGGGCACCAGCUGGUGUCAGGACGAGAGAUCACGGAGGUUCAGCUGUCCGAGGCUGGAUCGCUCGGGCAGUAAGGGCUACAUUAAGCUGGCGGAUUUGGGUGGAGAUUCAUUUGACGGAACGCCUGGCGUGGGUGUAGGUGGAUGCGAGGAUGAAUUGACGCGUGCAUGCGCUGACACACAGCCGCAUCAUCACCAGACUCAUGAAUGACCACAGAUCUGAGAACAAACUGCUGUUCAGAUGCAGGAAAGUGCCAUAGUUUGGAUCAUCGUGUAGCUGAAACGCAUUUCAAGUCAUUAUUCUGCUGCCAACACAGUAAAGCACUCGUGUACAUUUACAAAAAAAUGUAAAUGAUUUAUUCAUCCUCACGUCAUUCCAAACAUGUUUGACCUUCUUUCUACACUCUUAAAAAAGGUGCUUCAAAAGGAUUCUUUGAUGCCAUGGAAUAAUUGGUUCCAUAAAGAACCUUUAACAUCUGAAGAACAUUUCUGAUUCACAAAAGGUUCUUCGUGGCGAAAAAAGGUUCUUCAGAUUGGAAAAACAUAAGAAAGAGAUGCUUCUUUAAAGAACCUUUGGCUGAAUGGUUCUCUGUGGAACCAAAGAUGGUUCUUCUAUGGCAUCGCUGUGAAGAACCUCUUAAACCUGUUAACCGUCACUGCCCUUUUUGAUGCACUAUCCAAACUAAAAUGGUUAUACAGACCUAAGGUUGGUCUUGUUUGAAAGAAGACAUUUUGCAGAUUAUUGCUGAAGUGGAAUCACUUAAAUAAAAAUUAAACAUUUUAUUUUUUUUUCAGUAAAAAAAAUAUAUAUAUAUAUAUACUGUAUAUUUAUAAAUAUAUAUUUAUGUAAAUAAAUAUUUGUUUCAGCCAAAAAAUGCUCAAACUUCAAAGCCACAUGUGUAACCAAGUUGUGUUCUGAAUUUGAGCUUGAAAUAAAAAAAUGAGAUCUGUGUAACACUUUUAGCUGCUGUACCGCAAAUGUCCACUUGGGGGACAUGAACGCAUCAAUGGUCAUUCCUAAACACCACAACACAUACUGAGAAAUGCAACAUAUAAAUGGGAAAAAACUAAAAUAAUAUCAGAAAACUGAAACAUAUUAGAAAUAUAAAACUAUUUAAAACUUUAUAUUGUCAAACAUUGCUCAGAUUCUUAUUCUAGAGGCUUAGACCUUUCCAAAGAUAAACAGUAUAGUUGUCAUGAAAUAAACCUCAGUGUUCCACUGGUGGAACAGUGACAUUUGGCAGUAUAUAAUAAUUCUUAUGCGCACUCCUGUCUUAAAUGAAUCAAUUACUGCAGCUACAUGAUCUGUUUUGUCAAACACUGGUCAGAUGUGAAUUCUAAAGGCUCAGACCUUUCCAAAGAUAUAUAGUUUGUCAUGGUUAGGAGGGUGAGGUUUUAAAGUGAACUCUAGCGUGACAGUUGACAGGUUUUUAAGCACCUUUCUUUUGAAGAGUGUAAUGUAACACACAAGAGAAGUUUAGACAAAAGGACUGUUGUACUUGUUCAGAUGCACAUUUUGUUUAGUUGAUGAAAGUACACUGUAUACUCACACUAGUUUAGUGACUAGUUCAUUUAGUUGGCUACACAAUCAAAAGAGUAAACACUAUACAGGCCAAGUAUACUUUGUUAUAGUUUUAGUGUCUCUAUCAAAAUAUGAAAUACAAGUAUAGAUCAAACAUAUGUAGACUUCAGCACAAGUCAUGGAUACUUAAGAUAGACUAAGAAGUGUAUUUCAGAGAAAUACUAAUAGCACACUUGAAAAAUCUUUUUUGUAAGGGUGUAGACAAAAGCAGUGGAUGUUUAUUUAUAAAUAUUUCAGUCGCUCUUCACCUUUCUGUAUUCUCACAUCUCAUGUUGUCUUCAUUGAUCCGAAGAGAUGCAUUAACUGUUAUCUGUUCAUGAAGAUGAAUCAGAUUCUUCUUUAAAAAUGUUUUAGAAAGUAUGCAACAACAUCGUGUCAUAUGUGGAUGUGACUGUUUUAAACAUUACCGGUGAAAAGCCAUAUACUGCUGUGAUACAGUCAUAAAAAACAUCGUCUGUCAGAAUUAUUCCGUCCAUUAAUGGGUUUAUAAAGUCCUUCUGUCAUAAAUGAAGCGGAUAUAGUUCACUCAUAUAUAACACGUGAUGUAUUUGUGUUUGUUAGAGCACAUGAACUGAAUGAUUAUUAACGUGAUGUUGUAUUAGACACUGUCAGAGUAACAUGACGUCACGUGUACACACUGCUGUUUAGUUCAUUAUAAAGCCAUGGUUAUGCAGGUUUGUAUGUGUUUUAUAUCAAAUCAACUCUAUCUUUCGUUUUAAAAAUAGAUGUCAAUGUUUUUAUGUUUACUGUAUUUAUACUGUUGUACGUCAGAAACAUUAUGCUUAAGAUAAAUAUCACAUCAAUGUUUCAGUAGAAAGUCUGAAUCUAGACAAUGUUAAAACAACAAGGAUUGUUUGAUAUGUUUUAUAAACUGGCUACUAUUGACAGAAUCAUAAAUACUAGAUCCUGACAUUAGAACUAAACAUCUCUUUGCGCUAAAAAAAAUGUUCCCAACCAUGUAGUUGUUUUUUGUAAUGUACGAUUAUGCAAUGUUGCACAUGUAUUUGUAGUAAUUUCACUCAUUUUAGUGAGCAGGUAUUGUUAACACAAAGAGCAAUAACAGAUUUACAGUAGCGUGAGGACUCAGGUCUUGUGUUCAUUCACAUUGAUGUUUAAAGGGUUGUGUAUUUAGACACGUGUUGAGAAGAUAUUGUGUGCAUUAUUCUGGAUACACAAAGUUUAGAUAUAGCUAACUACAUGAAAAUAACAGGAUUUGAAUAAAAAAUGU